AUGCACAAAAUAUACGAGACAGCACUUAGAACAGCUAUAAAACGCAUAGAUCGUCGUGAACAUGUAUUCGCCUUAAGUACAGUACAUGGUCAAGAGCAUUAUUGUUCAUUCCAAUCAAGAGAGCAACUACAUCGUUUUGAAAUAGCUUUUUAUGGGUGUUUGUACAAAUCAGUGAAUACUAUGCAGACACGAACAUUUGCCUGUAGUUACGAUGGACGACCGGCAGGUUUAGUUAUCGACACCCGACUCGGAUUUUCUCUUUAUGACAUUUCCUCAAAGAGUUAUAUAUGGCAAUAUGGCUUUUCUGAGUUGGAAUCCUCCUCAGACGAUGGAAAAAUGAGGGUCCAAUUUAUUUUUAGAAAUGAUGCGGUUGCUCAAGCUAUUGAUGUUAGACAGUUGGAUGUUAAAGAUAUAGAAUGUGAUGAACCUUUAGCUUUAGUCUUCACAUUACACUCAUUUUAUAUUGCAAAGAUUAUGGGAGCUGAUCCAGAAUUUUUGCAGGAUUUGCCUCUCUCAUGA